AUGGGUUUGGCACUCUUCUCUUCCUCCAAAAAUUGGACUACUGGUUUGGAAAAUCUGGUGAAUGCUGCUCCAGUUGAUGCGUCGAUCCAAGCUAGGGGAAUCCAACUGGCUUCCCACUGCAUUUGUUAUGACGUCAGGUCUACACAGAGUGAAAUCGGGCAUGAUAUUGAAUCCAUCCACCACCUGUUCCUCUCUGGUGGCUUAGCUAAUGCAGCGUGGGAAUUUGUGGGGAGAAAGUUUGGGAUCAGCGUGCAGGCCGCGUCUUCGGCCAGGAAUGCUGCUCUAUUCGACGACAUUAGCCCUUCGAUCCAAAAGCUCACCCACAGGGUCAGCUGGUGGCUACAGUUCGUCCAGAACAAGAGCUUCUCUUCCUUGCCAGUCCCUACUCCAAUGGCAGCCCAUUCUUCAAGCGGUCAGCCCUCUAGCAGGGUCUUUCUCAGCUCGGCCACCCCUCCUCUCCAGGGUGUCCCUUCGACACGCCCUAGCUGCGAGCAAGCUAUUAUUUUAGCUGUGGUUAAAUGGUUGCGGCCUCCUCCUGGAUGGGAAAAAAUCAACAUAGACGGCUUGGCCUUGGGUAACCCUGGCCCGUCUAGUGGCGGCGGAAUUUGUAGAGAUGAAAAUGGGGCAUUCCUUUUUGCUUUCCACGAAGGUUACGGUUCGGGGUCCAAUGUCCACGCUGAAAUCAGGGCAAUUCACGAUGGGCUGCUUCUAUGUUUUUCCAAGGGUCUGAAAAACAUCAUUGUUGAAUCGGACUCUUAG